AUGAUCAAACUGGGUGACUUUGCUUGGCAGCUCCUAACACGGGCAGAUGGCUUCAAACUGGGGGGACGGCUCUGCGGCAACAGGAAUGUGUGUACCCUGUCAGUAGCGCGGCUGUCGAAACAUCCAUACAAGCCGAAGACUAAGGAGAUUAUCCACCCACACAUGACCCCACCGGAAUUCCUUUCCCCAUCGGACUGCUUUGAGGCCAAGACGGAUGGAUUGCAGCAAUACCUGCCGGCUAAUUACUAUCGGACCAAGUGGAUCGAAUCACUCAGGGCUGGUGAACACUUGGGGAGUGAUUACCCCUGGAACUUAUUGCCCCACUGGAAGUACUGGAAGAAGCGAAAGUAUAAUGUUGUGUAUGAGGAGAUCCCCUGGUUUGUGUCGAAGGUGAAGGGUGUUUCGUAUUACCAGCGGUUGAACGUGUGGAUGGUCCAGUGGGUUGAGGAUGGGGUGCAUCGGAUUCGUCGCUUUCGGUGUGCCUUUGGAGUUCUUCAGGCGAAGCUGGCGGCCGAGCAGUUUAGGAGGAACUUAGAGGAGUCGGGGCGUGUGGACAACCGCAAGUCGGAGCGCCAGCUGCGCAUGGACUACAUUCAGAAGCGAGACGAGCGUCUGCUGCGGAAGAAGCGGUACUCCAAAAUUUCGAAGGGUCAGUUUUAG